GAAAGCCCCGCCCCCGUACCCGCUCCCACUCCUGAUUGGCGAGUCCGGCCCAAAGGCGACCUGGCUGUCCCCCGGCCCGCGUCUCAGCUAUAAAGGCGGCGGACGCAUGACCGCCGUGGCGAAGCUCGGAUAGCUGCGGUGCUCUCCCGCUCUCAGCCCCCGCGGCGCCCCCGUUACUCCUUGCCCCCGACCGCUCCGACUCCACCAUGCCUAGGGGCUUCCUGGUAAAGCGAACUAAACGGACAAGCGGCUCGUACCGAGUGCGCCUAGCCGAGCGGGUCUUCCCCUUGCUGGGGCCCCACAGGGCGCCACCCUUCCCCGAGGAGGCUUCCAGUGCCCCCCAGCCCAGUGCCGAGCAGCCGGCAUCCCCCGCCCCGGAGGAGGAGGUGGCCCACGAACUGUCGGGGUCGUCCUGUCAGGCAGCUAGGGUGAGCCCAGGGGCGGGCGGGCGGAAAGGCGCGGGGUGGAGGGCGGAUGGCAGGGAGGGUCCCGGGCCCAGCCCCAGCCCCACGAAGCCAGCCGGCGCGGAGCUACGCCGGGCGUUCCUUGAGCGCUGUCUCAGCUCGCCCGUCUCUGCUGAGUCCUUUCCCGGGGGAGCCGCCGCCGUGGCCGCUUUCUCCUGCUCGGUGGCGCCAGCAGCCGCACCGACCUCGGGGGAGCAGUUCUUGCUGCCGCUCCGGGCACCUUUCCCGGAGCCCGCGCUCCAUCCAGACCCUGCACCCCUCUCGGCCAACCUACACGGCCUGAAGCGGGCCACCGGCGGCGAGCGCCGCGCCAAGGCACCUCCCGGCUGCGCGUCUGGACCCUCUGCCGCAGUAGUGAAGAAGCCAAAGGCCAUGAGGAAGUUGAGCUUCGCCGAUGAAGUCACCACGUCCCCUGUCCUCGGCCUGAAGAUCAAGGAGGAGGAGCCCGGAGCCCCGUCCCAGGGCCUUGGGGGCAGCCGCACACCGUUGGGGGAAUUCAUCUGCCAGCUGUGCAAGGAGCAGUACGCAGACCCCUUCGCUCUAGCUCAACACCGCUGCUCCCGCAUCGUACGCGUCGAGUACCGCUGCCCUGAGUGCGACAAGGUCUUCAGCUGCCCUGCGAACCUCGCCUCACAUCGCCGCUGGCACAAACCCCGUCCUGCAGCGGCAAAUGCCGCCACAGUCUCCUCAGCCGACGGGAAGCUGCUGCCUUCGUCGGCCUCGUCCUCCCAGGAUUCUGGGGCUGUUGCAUCUUAUCUGGCCGAGGGGAAAGAGAACAGCCGGGCAGAGCGAACUGCGGAUCAGCACUUGCAGGCCGGGGACAGCUCCGGAGCGGAGCAGCACCAGGACAGUGCCCGGCAUCAAGGCCUCCAGGUGUUGUCCCACCCCGACCCACCGCUGCCUCAAGUCCCUUAUGCGGAGGGGGUAUUGGGGCGCCGGGUGCCUGGGCCGGGCAGUGCCAGUGGUGUUGGGGGCCCCGAGAUCUUCGUGUGCCCAUAUUGCCACAAAAAGUUCCGUCGCCAAGCCUAUCUACGCAAGCACCUGGGCACUCACGAGGCGGGCUCGGCCGGCACACUGGCCCCGGGCUUUGGCGCCGAACGCGGCGCCCCACUCGCCUUCGCUUGCCCGCUGUGCGGGGCGCACUUCCCGUCGGCAGACAUCAGGGACAAGCACCGGCUGUGGCAUGCGGUCCGCGAGGAGCUGCUCCUGCCCGCUCUGGCCGGGGCGCCCCCUGAAGCACAGAGCCCAGGCGGGGCAUCCGACGCGAGUGCUCAGCAAAUUUUCUCUUGCAAGCACUGCCCGUCCACUUUUUUUAGCUCCCCGGGGCUAACCCGGCACAUCAAUAAGUGCCACCCCUCAGAAAGUCGGCAGGUACUGCUGCUGCAGAUGCCACUGCGGCCGGGUUGUUGAGGGCCAAGAGCCGAGGAAGAUUGUGAGGCUGGCCUUGGAGGAAAGAGAUCAUGGGAAUCUCUGUGGGGAUUUUUUUUCAACUUUCAAGUUGACCCUCUUUCCUUCAUUUUCUCUCCUAAAACUCCCAGUAGUCAAUAUUCCGCCAGAGGAGCGGACAGCGAAAUGUAAAAUCUCUCUGUAGAGCAGGUAUGUAUGUGGUAUAAACUUUCUCGAUCAAGAACCGUCAGCUUUAAAUCCUUCUCACUUUCCCCGCGAAAAUAGGAUUCCACCCCUCGUCCCCCUCCACCCCCACCAAACUCUGGAGAUCCUAACGAAUACUAUAUGACUUGUAAUUCCUAUGGAAAGUCGCAGUGAAUGCGUGCAUGUCUCAGUGUCUACAAAGGAUUCUAGCUACCCAAAGUGGUAGUCCUUAAUCUUUUUUUCUCUUGCCAUCGCAGGCGCCUAUGUAGUCUCUGUCUCAGUAGGGUCAGAUAUCUUGCAUUGUAUAUUCUGUGAAUUAAAAGUUAUGUGAUUGGUGCCAAACUUACACAGGGGUGGGGGCGGAAAUACAAGACUUGUGUCUGUGGGCAGGAAAUGUAAGAGGAUGUUGGGGCUUUUGGGGGAUGUGGGGAAUCGCCCUGGAAACUUUCGUUUUCUCAAUUACAAGUAAUAGUCCAAUCUUCAGUUAGUGUUUGGAGGUGAGGAAUAGCACCUCUUUACUGGAAGGAGUUGACACUCCCCCCAAAUUUUCACUUUUAGCUAUUCUGUGAGCAGUAUUCAGGAAGAGAUACUUAAAACCUUUAAUACAUUUUGGAGAAUAUAAAUGCAUGUCCUUAAGUUUGACUGUUUUAGUAGUUUCAUCCGAAUUGUUUAAUUCUUCUGUUGUAAAUCUCAUAAUGUGUAUUAUAUACGAUACUACGUUCAGCUUAAAGAUGUUAAUACUUUUAAUCCACUAUGGAACUGAAGGGCAAUUCAUUCAAUAUUCAGUGUUUUCUUUUCAGCAGCAACUGGUUUUUGAAUUUCUUUCUGUAAGCAUAUUCAGUGUACAUUCUGUACCUAUGCCCUAAUAGCCAGCGUCUGGGACACUGGCUGAGUACUUCUUGACAGAUAAGCCCAUAUAUGUAAGAUGCUUACCACCAAAUAAAUGUACAUAGCCGGUGCUCUGUUGUGUUCUGUGUUUGUCUUAAGAAUCCCAUUGAACACAGCCUAUUUUUGAAAGCCACAUUUCUUG